AUGAGGCAUGGGGCUGCCAGGGAGCCCACCCCUUCUGAAGCCCGCCACAAGAACCUGCAGGGCUCCUCCAGCGCCGACCAGGCGGCCCGCAUUGAGACCACCAAGCGCAUACGUUCCCUGGGACGCUCGGGGCGGGUGAGGGACGCCAUCAGCGAGUUGGCCUCCUUGGCCAGGCUGGGCGUGCAGCCCGAUGCCAUGGCGGCCACCUCACUGCUGCAUGCCUGCGUGGAGAACGGGCGGGCUGACCUGGCGGAGAACGUCUUCAACGAGCUGUUUGCCGACGAUGCACUGGUCCCGGAUGAGAUUGCCUUCAGCGUGCUCAUACGUGGCAUGGGCAGGAGCAAGCCGCCCCGGUGGGACAGCAUCAUGGCCCUCCUGGACACGAUGGAGGGGCGGUGGGGCCUGCAGCCCAGCGCGCCCGUCUUCAACGCCCUGCUCGACAUCUGCGUGCGCACAGAGGACGACGCGCGCGCUGACACCCUGCUGGACCGCAUGUGGACCGGGGGAGUGGCGCCCGAUGCGAUGACGCUGGAGACGGUUCGGCAGAACAAGAAGCUGCGGUCACGGGUGAAGCGGCUUGGCGCCGAGGUCGUCCUGGCGGCGGAUCGGCUGUGCUACGCUCCUUCGCCGGACCCGGAGGAGGAGGCUCGCUACAUACCUCUCGACCGGGUCCCCGUGCGCGCCAUGCCCCGCGGUUACGCUCCGGGCAUCGGGGCAGGCCUGGUGGACGACAGGCACCUGGAUCCCGGCAGGACGAGGGCCGCCGGCGCCGGCUGCGUUUUCAGUUUGGCCUGUGGCUCCCACGUGCACCUCUUUGCCGCCAGCUCCCCCGAGGACGCACAGAUGGAUGAUAUCGUGGGAUCCCCGCGCUUCAUCACCCCCUCCCUCAUGCAGGUCUGGGUGCGGCGGGCAGCGACAGGCACCGGAUCCCAUGUUCCCACAGCGCGGCCCCUGGCCGUGCCGGCCGUGUAUGAGAUCAGAGUGACGACGGGGGAUCGCAGGGACGCCGGCACCUCGGCGCAGGUGGUCAUGGAGUUGCACGGCGUGGAGGCCUCCUCGGGGGAGCACACCCUGGUCCCUGCCCCCGGCACCGUCCCCUUCCAGAGGGGCACGCAGAGCACCAUGAAGAUCCGAUGCCCCUGCCUCGGCCGACUACGUGCGGUCACCGUGAUGCACGAUGCCUCGGGUCCCCAGCCGUCCUGGUGGCUGGACGAGGUGAGGGUCAGGCAGCGCGGCUCAGACGCCAACUGGGCCGUUUUCCCCUGCCGCCAGUGGCUGUGCACGGAGCGAGGGGACGGGCGCAUCAUGCGGCGCCUGGCGUGUGCCGAGGAGCCGACAUCAGGUCUCAACAACGCAAUGUACCGGGUGGACCUGGCGCUAUCCGACCCGCUGCAGCAAGCGGUGGCGCUGACCGUCGUGCUGGAGGGAAGGACUGGCGUGGGCGCUAGCGUCCAGGGCACUUCUCCCAGCCGGCUGGAGCUGCGCAUCCCGGAGCACAGGACCCGUCACCAGGAAGUAGCUGAAGGCAUCCAGCUGGACAGCCUGGACGCCGUGUCUGUCACCAGCGACCUCCCGGACCUGCUGUGCCUGCUGCGCCAGGUCAGCGUGACUUGCCUGGCCGACGGCCGGCGCUGGACGUGCCUCCCCAAGGCGAGAGAGGAGCCCGGGAAAGCGGGGCGCACCCUGCGCCUGCUGCUCGGCGACGCCGGCGCCACGCCGGCCACGCGCCUCCCCGCCCAGCCCGCGGACUUUUCGCCGGGGACGCAGGCCGUGUUCCGGCUGUGCCUGGCCCCCGUGGGAGCGCUGCGCCGCCUGGUGGUGUCCCACGACGCCGCCGGACUUGCCCCCCACUGGCACCUGGACUGGGCAGAGGUGCUGGAAGAGGCGAACGGCGCCAGCACCGCCUUCCUCUGCCGGCAGUGGCUCUCCCGGGACAGGGGCCCGGGCCAGACCAGGUUGACCCUGGUCAGCCAUCGAGGCGACCCCCGCGCCGCGCCCCACGAGUACUCGCAAGCCUACCGCCUGGAAGAAGUGCGUGUCGCCUGCCCCUCCCUGGACCUGCUGGUCGUGUUCCAGGCGGGGCGGCGGGGGCGAGAGGGACAGGGCACGUCAGCAUUAGAUCUGUUCCCCGCCGAUGCCGUGCUCGCAGGGCGGGCUGCGGGCGGGGCGGAUGAAGUCGCAAGGCCACCCACCGAUGCAGCGCACUCUGUGCCAGACGCCUUACCCACUGGGACCGACGCCAUGCAGUACCGCACGGCGCAGUACCGCAUCCGCGUGGCCACAUGCCCCGGAACAAGUACUGGAAUGUCAGCGCAGGUGGCGCUCAGCAUGCACGACGCCAAGGGCUGCAGCGUGGGGCCGCUGCGGCUGUCCGGCGCCGGCGGCGCCUUCCAGCCGGGGUCCAGCACCGAGUUCCAGGUGGAGGCCGCGGCCCUGGAGGGCAUCAGCAGCAUCACCCUAGAAAUGGACGCCUCGAGCCCGGCACCUGCCUGGAAGCUGGACUGGGUGGAGGUCGAGCCCGCGCAACCCACCCGCAUUGCCAUCUACACCUCGGACUGCGUGGGCAAGGGCCACCCCCAGGGCCUGACCCUGGCGAUCUGGACCGCGGACCCCGGCCAGCGCCAGACGCUGCACCUGUCUCCGCCCGCGCACGCUACGCAGCCAGGUCGGGUGGCCGAGCUGGACGUCGUUUUGACACUGGACCUGAGCGACAUCACGGGCGGCGAGCUGGGCGUGACGCGCGUGUCCCCCGCCGGCGCCACCUGGCACUGCGAGUUCCUGGCCCUGAGCGCCGGGGCGCGGGUGCUGUACCUCGCCGCAGACGCGGAGCUGGGGCGCGGUUGCCAGUCGGCCACCGCCCCGCUGGCCGCCACCUGGCGCAACCCGCGCGCCGACUGCGAGCUGUACUGCGUAUCGCUGCGCCCUCUGGGCGCGCUGGAGCGGGUGGAGCUGCGCUGCGACCGCGGCGCAGGGCCCUGGCUCCUGGACUCCGUCCUGGUGGAGGGGGCCGGGCCGGGCGCAAGACUGGCAUUCCUCGCGCUGCACCAGGCCUGGGUGGCUGGCGGCGACCGCCUGGACCUGCCCUUCAUGCCCGCCGGCCAGGCGGCUGAGGUGGAGGUCACCCUGCACUGCCAGGCCCUGUGCCUGGGGCCCUCCGCCCGGCCGUACCUGGUGGUGCUUGGGCACGGGGGUUCAGGGCCCCCCGUCAGGGUCUACCUGCCGGCCGGUCCCAGGACCGAGCUGCGGCGCGCGGUGCUGACGCACACGCUGACGCUGCCGCGCGCCGUCAAGAUCCAGGCGUUGGCGGUGGGCGUGCAAGGGUUGGGCGCCGCGGGAUAUCUGGCCCUGGACUGGGCCGUGGUGGAGAGUGUGGGCGAGGCUGCGGCACCACAGGUGUGCAUCUGUACCAGCCCCUGCACUCCGGCGGGCCUGGCGCCCGGCACAAACCUCUCCGUCGUCCUCCGGGCCGUCACUGGGGCCAGCAUCUCCUCCUUUGUACCAUGGAAACCCGGCACAUUCCUAAAGGGGACCACCCAAAAGCUCCAGAUCCGCGGCCCAGAUCUUGGCCCGACCUUGGCUUCCGUCUCCCUGCGGCUCUACGGCCACCAGCCCCAUGAGUGGGAGGUGUCUGGCGUCCAGGUCGCGCAGCUGGGGGCCCGCAGGGAGCCUCAGCUCCUCGUGCCGGCCACGCCCACCGACGGCGGGGCCCUGCGCUUCGUCCCCGGGACGCCACCCAAGCGCGCGGCGGUGUCGCCCACCUCCCCCGCCCAGGCGCCGGCCGCCGGUGGGUCACGCCUCGUGCAUGUCGCGGUCCACACCUCGGCGCUGCCCCCUGGGGGCACCACCGCUCGGACCCAGGUAGGACUGGUGGGCGUGACGGGCUCCACCCCCCUCCAGGCCCUCAGCCACGGCGCCAGGGCGGGCAGCGUGCACAGCGUGGCGGUCGACGCCUAUGGCAUCGGACGCGUGCGCCGCGUCGUCCUCGCCAGCGACGGGACGGGGGCAGGAAAGGUCAGCCUCUUUCCCUCCCCACUGCACGAGAGCGACGAGGAGGAGAGCAGCGUAGAGGUGGCGGAGCAUGUCCCAGCAGCUGCAGUGAAAAACACCGGCAGGGUAGGAAAACAAGCCGCAGGGCAAGGCAUGCGAGCAGCGCGAUCCCCGACGGCAUCGCCCGCCAGCGAAGCCACAGAAGGAGAAGAGGAGGAGGCUGAGUCCGUGGCGGCCCUCCACGCUUUCCAGCUGGCCGUGCACAUGACGCAGGGCAUGGCGGCGCGGGGCGUCCCGCCGGCGAGCCUCGUGCUGCAGCCAGCGCCGGACCCCAGCGACCCCGGCGGCGCAGACUCCAUCCAGCUGCCCGGCCGCGACCUCCGCGCCGGUGGCUGCGCGGAGUUCGACCUGCAGCUCCCCGCCGCCUCCCCACCGGCCGCGCUUUCCCUCCGGCUGGAGGGCGGCGGGCGGGGUGCACGUCUACACGUGGAUCGCCUGGAGCUCAGGCGUGAGGGAGGUGCGGAGCCCGUGGUCUACUCCUUCUCCCGCUGGGUGACCCACGCGCUCGUCACAACCGCAGCGCAAGAGCCGGAUCGGCCCUCCUGCACCGUGGCGAUCGAUGUGCUGGAGGUGGAAGGCCGUCUUGCCAGCGGCCUGCUACACCUCAUAUUCACCGACGCUGCAGGGGUGACAGCAGAACCGCAGGCCGUGGAUGUGUCGGUGCUGGACGAGAGCGGCCCCACCGUCCUCGAGACCGAGCUGUGCCUGGAGCGGCCUGCAGACUGGCAGACUUGGGUUUCCCGCACAGAGCACAGUCAGCUUCAAUACGAAGGAAAGGACGGCAUGGACUCUGGCGAGUAUCGGCUUCAGGUCCAGACCUCUGACUUGCGGGGUGCGGGGCUGCAUCCUGCUGGCAGGCUCUUCGUGGUCCUGGAGGGGGAGCUGGGGAGAGCAGGUCCCUUUCAGUUCGGACCGUCUGCACACAGCAGCAAUCCGCCGUUCCAGAGGGGCCAGCUGGACGCUUUCGAGCUGGUAGAGUGUCCAGACGUGGGUGCCCUGCACAGCCUGGAGGUGUGGGUGGAGGGCAGUAGGAAGCUCAACUGGCACCCGGCCUGGAUCAAGGUGCGGCUGGAGCUGGUGGGAGAACAGUCCUCCAGCGGCGUCCUGCGCCUGGCGCGGGGCAGACGCUCCUUCCGUCCCGGCAGCGAGGACACUUUCACCUUCCCCCACAUCCCCUGGCUGGGCGAUAUCCGAUGCAUUCGAGUGGCCACGGAUGGCUCGGGUCUCUUCCCAGCCUGGCACUUGAGGUGCGUGCACGUUUGGCACCUGUCCUCCGGCCGCCGCUGGCGGCUCGACUGCAGGGCCUGGAUCGACCGGCGCUGCAACAACAGCCGCUGGCUGAGCGUCGCGGAGGAGGGCGGAGCCGCAGCUGAGGGACAGGGCCUGCGGCCUCACAAGCAGGUCCCUGCCGCGCCGGGGCCCCGACAGGGCGACGACAGUAGCAUCAAAGUGGGCUGGGCGUUGGAGCAGCAGCACCCUCGCCAGGGUGGCUGGCACCAGCAGCGCUAG